AUGGCGUUCGUUUGUUCAAUCUGCCACGAGGUACCAGAACACCCUGUGCUGUCGACCGUGUCCAACCAUGUAUUUGAAAAACGACUCAUCGAGAAGUUCAUUGCUGAAAAUGGUGUGGAUCCAGUCUCAGGGGAAAGUCUUUCUGAAGAUCAGCUCAUUGACAUCAAAGUGAGCCCAGUCGUGAAACCAAGACCUCCGACAGCGACCAGCAUCCCGGCCAUUCUCAAGCUUCUGCAGGAUGAGUGGGAUGCCUGCAUGCUGCACAGCUUCACCUUGCGCCAACAGCUGCAGACAGCCAGGCAGGAACUGUCUCACGCCCUGUACCAGCAUGAUGCAGCAUGCCGUGUCAUUGCUCGACUAACUAAGGAGGUAACUGCAGCACGUGAAGCUUUGGCCACUCUCAAGCCCCAAGCAGCUCCGGGUAUUGUGCCAGCACAGAUUGCUGCCCUACCAGCCGGUGCUGCACAGGGAGUAGCAAUGCAUGAACCCAUGGAGGCAGCUGAAACUGGACCAGCUGCUAUGACUGAGGAUAUCAUACAGCAACUUCAAGAGAAGGCCAAUUUGUUGACCGCAGAGCGUAAGCGACGAGGGAAGAAGGUUCCUGAUGAGCUCAUGCCUCCUGAUGACAUCAGAUCAUUCCACACCCAGUCCUCUCAUCCUGGUUUACACAGUGCAAGUGUGCCUGGUAUUUUAUCUAUGGAUUUACAAGCCUCAGAUACAUCCAAGGUGUUGACAGGCGGUGCUGACAAGUCGGUGGUGGUUUUCAACAAGGAUACAGAGCAGGUCACUGCUGUCAUGAAAGGUCAUACCAAAAAGGUCACCAAUGUCAUCUAUCAUCCAACAGAGGAAAUUGUGUUCAGCUCCUCACCAGACACCACUAUUCGUAUCUGGUUUGUCGGCAACGCAUCCUGCCAACAGGUUAUCCGUGCCCAUAACGCACCGGUCACUGGGCUAAGCCUCCACGCAACGGGUGACUACUUACUGAGUUGCUCAGAAGACCAGUACUGGGCCUUCUCGGAUAUUGCCAGUGGACGUGUUUUGACCAAGGUUACUGAUGACUCCAUUGGACAUGCUUUGACAUGUGCCCAGUUCCACCCCGAUGGUCUGAUCUUCGGUACGGGAACUGGUGGCAGCGUCAUCAAAAUCUGGGACUUGAAGGAGGGAACCAACGUGGCCAACUUCCCCGGCCACUCGGGACCAAUUACAGCCCUCUCUUUCUCUGAGAAUGGUUACUAUCUCGCUACAGCUGCCGACGAUGCUGUGGUCAAGCUGUGGGAUUUACGAAAGCUGAAGAAUUUCAAGAAUAUUACUUUGGAUGACAGAUAUGAGGUGAAGUCACUGUGCUUUGAUCAGAGCGGUACUUAUUUAGCUGUGGGCGGAACUGACUUGAGAGUCUACUUGUGCAAACAGUGGCAGGAACUCAAAGUCUUCAAUGAUCACACUGAUAUGACGACCGGUGUUCGUUUUGGCCAGCAUACCACCUUCAUGUCGUCAGUCAGUAUGGAUCGUAGUCUCAAAUUCUACGGGCUCUGAAGACUUUAAAACCCAACACGUUUAGGUAUUUUAUACUUUGCCUCAUCCAAUGCAGCUUGUCUAAGCUGUGUAGUAUAAGUCACGUCUUAACAAAAUUAAGACUCGGAUAGAACUUCAUUGUACAACAAAGAAAUGAAUUACAGUUAAUAGUAUUUUUCACAAGUUGAUGGAAGUAUUAUUUUAGGAGUCAAGAUACCACAAGUCCUAGAGCAGUGCACUUUAACUUUGACGAUUUUUCAAACACAAGUUGUAGAUAAUAAAAGUACCCAAUUCUUAUGUAGCACUCAUUAUUUUACUGACCAUAAUGCAGAGCUUUAUGAGACCCGUUUACAUAUAUACAGAACCUUUGUAAGGGUUUACAUUUUGAUUUGAAUGUUUAAUAAUCUUUUCCGACUUAUUGUUACAACUUCGCUUGAACUACAAAAGAAAUUACGAGUCCCUAAUUCUACCAUUGAGAACUUUUGCAGACUAAACUCAGAAAUGUACGUCAAAAAGAUGAAAUAUUCAAGUGUUCAACUAGGUAUCACUAAAAAAA